GUCUCUCUUUCGUUUUACAUUCUGUAGAGAGAAAGAAGACACAAAUUAAGCACAAUGGAAAGUAAGCCUUUUUGUUUGGUUCUUUUGUCAUUUCUUGUUCUUUCCUGCUUUGUGGCUCAAACUCAUGGGAGGAGGAAAGAACAAGGUGUUCUCCAUUUGGGCAAGUCCACAUCCAAGCCAUAUUUUGGCGUCCACAACAGUCUUCUGGAGGCUAUUGAACCUGAAGAUGUCAUUGUAACCAAUGCUCUUAUUCCUCAGGAGGGCUCAAAGGAGAAAGAUAGGAUCGACAGAUUUCCUGGACACCCCCCUGUGAACUUCUCUCAGUAUGGUGGCUAUGUCACGGUGAAUCAAUCAGCGGGUCGUGCCAUUUUUUAUUACUUUGCCGAAGCUCAGCAGUUUAAGGAUACAUCCCCUCUUCUUCUUUGGAUCAGUGGAGGCCCAACUUGUUCAUCUUUGGGUUUUGGAGCAAUGCAAGAGUUGGGCCCAUUUCGUGUGCGGAGCGAUGGCAAAACACUUUACACAAACGAAUUUUCUUGGAAUCAUGCUGCAAACGUUUUGUUCCUUGAGACACCUGCUGGGGUAGGAUUUUCAUACUCAAAUACAACAUCAGAUUAUGAUGAUAAAAUGGGAGAUAAAGCCGCUACAACAGAUAGUUAUGUGUUUUUGGUGAAUUGGCUUGAGAGAUUUCCUGAGUACAAGAACCGAGCCUUUUAUAUUUCUGGAGAAAGUUAUGCUGGAUAUUAUGUUCCUCUGCUUGCAAAUACUAUCCUCCGCAAUAACAAGAAGGCUAACAAAACCAUUAUCAACCUCAAAGGGAUCAUUAUUGGAAAUCCAACAAUUAAUUUUGAAGCUGAAAGAGCAGGAAGCUUUGAAUUCUGUUCGACCCAUGCUCUCGCUUCGGAUCGAGAUGUGGCUGGAAUACUAAAAUACUGUAAUUUCUCCUUACCCAGAGAAAAUUUCAGCGAUGCGUGCCAAGAAGUCUGGCAUGCAGCUCUAGCUGAUGCAUCUGGAAUUGAGAACCUAAAUAUUUUGUUUUCUUAUCAACCAUCUAUUGAUUGCGCCAUGCAUGUCAACCUCACAGUGCCACCCAAGAAAGUUUCUAUAUUGAACCCUGAUCCGUGUGAAACUAAUUAUGUGGCGGCUUAUAUGAAUCGACGGGAUGUUCAAGAAGCACUUCAUGCCAAUGUAACUAAAAAUGUUCCAGGUAAAUGGGAUGAAUGCAGCUCGAGAGGAUACUCAGAUUUCGAGGGAAGCAUUCCUUCCGUUAUAAAGGAACUCAUGGCUAAUGGGCUUCGAGUUUGGAUUUAUAGUGGUGACACCGACUCGAUUAUUUCGGUUACUUCAACAAAGUUCACCCUACAACGUAUGAAGCUUCAUGUGAAGACUGCAUGGCGUGCUUGGUUCGACAAAGGAGAAGUUGGAGGCUUUACAGAAGUAUAUGAGGGGGGCCUAACAUUCGCAACAGUGAGAGCGUCAGGACAUUUAGUUCCGACUUACCAACCUGCUAGAGCACUUACUUUGAUCAAGAACUUCCUUGAUGACACUCCUCUUCCUGACCUUAAGAGAUCAUUAAAUAACUGAUUCUUUUAAUCUAUUUGUUCGGCAUUUCUUUAGCUAGCCUGUUCAAGGUUCAGCUAAGUUAUUAUUUUCAAUUACCAAGAUUUAUAAAAAGA